UUAACCACAGUGUAAAGAUAUCUAUGAGGAACUCUGGACGGGAUUUAAUAAGUGAUUCUUACUGAUUCUUAGAAACACAUGAACUGGCGAAUAUGAACUUGACGAAUAUGAACUUGAAGAAGUGAACUGCUUUAUUGUUUUUCAACGAAGAAGAUCUGGAGUUUGUGGAUCAAGACCUCGAAGGAAUGCAGGCUGUACCUGGGUUCAGGUGUAGAGAGCAGGGUGAGCGUUCCUCACAUCAACUUGUGCCCAGAAUGGCAAGGGUAACAGGGCCAGGCUCCAGUGCUGUGGGUCUCCAGGGACAACUCAGAGCUUCCAAACCCCCACGUGAGCUCAGUAUGGAGGAGCAACAUGAGCUUCGUAGAAAGAUCAACGGUCGUGAGAGAAAGAGAAUGCAGGACCUCAAUGUGGCCAUGGAUUCAUUACGGGAAGUGAUGGUGCCCUAUUCGUCUUCUCCAACCGGUGUAGGGGGUGCACUGCAACACCCCUACCUCCCUCCUGGAGCCUCCCCGACUGGACGCCGCCUGUCCAAGAUCUCCACGCUGGUUCUGGCCCGAAACUACAUCCUGCUCCUAGGCUCCUCCUUGCAGGAGAUGAGGCGUCUACUGGGCGAGGUCAGCAUAGGCAUGGGCGUCGGCGGGACUGUACCACGUCUGCUGCUGGCAGGGGGGUGGCCGUUUCUCACCGGGCCAGGACAGUUUCUACUCACACCGCCAGAGCAUCAACUAGGGGUGGCAAAAUGCCAUCCUCUGCCACAAAACAUCUCUCCGGCCCAAGAAGAGCUCUCUGUGUGGUUAAGCAGCAUUUCGGAGAGUCCGGGGUGCCAGUGUGGGGUGUGUAGGACUCCACGAGUGUUGCAUGUUAACCCUGCCACACGUUUCCCUAAGUGAAUUCGACUUGCUUGAAAAAAGAUCUAAGAAAGUGAAAAGAGAACAACUCACAGCAUCCACAACAAUGACACAUUUCUUUAACUAAUCUGCAUCCGUGGAAGGUGAGGUGUCCGGUUAACUUUUCACCUUUUAUUUAGAUUUAACUAGAGAAAAUAGAACAGGUGUUGAG